CGUUGAAGGCAUUUUGGUCAAAACCGUAUAAAUAGGUGCAAGUUGACUUAAGUUCAAAACCGUUAAUAUUCAAUAGACUUUAGAUUUUUGGUAUAUCCUAAGAUGAGAGGCUGAGAGCUUUGGUAUAUCCUAAGAUGAGUAGUUGACGAGAAGUUUGACCCACUUCUCUAUUAUUAUUUAUUUGCAAUAAGUACUCUAUAAUUGGACCUCUUGGUGAAUACUAAUUAAUCUCGCAUACAGAUCAGAGGAUGAGCACUUCUUCCAUGGCCUUUCAAUUAGGAGCUUCUUCCUCUCUCUCAUUCUCUUCUUCUUCCAUUCGUAGAUGGACUCACGAUGUAUUCUUGAGUUUUAGAGGUGAGGAUGUUCGCCAAAACUUUAUUUCUCAUCUAUACCAUGGUUUGUAUCAAAGGGGAAUCAACACUUACAUAGACAACAAUCUCAAAAGAGGAGAGGAAAUUUCGUCAGAACUUUCCAAAGCAAUUGAAGGAUCAAUGAUUUCUAUCAUUGUACUCUCUAAGAACUAUGCAGAGUCUCGAUGGUGUUUAGAUGAGCUAUUGAAGAUCCUCGAGUGUAAGGAAAUGGUAAAACAAAUUAUUUUACCCUUGUUCUACAAUGUAGAUCCGUCAGAGGUACAACAUCAAAAAGGGAGUUUUGGAGAAGCAUUCGCCAAACUUAGAUAUAAGUUGAAGGAUGAAGUAAAGGUCACAAAGUGGGAGGCAGCUUUGGAAAAAGUAGCCAAUUUGUCCGGACUCGAAUUAGGAGACAGGAAUGAAUCAGAGUUUAUUCAAGAUAUCAUUAAAUGGGUGGAUUCAAUAAUGGUAAAUCGUACAUUUCUUAAGGUUGCUAAGCAUCCAGUUGGAAUAGAGUCCCCCGUACGAGACAUUUUUCAACAUUUAAAUAUGGGAAGGAAUGAUAUUAUAUGCAUGGUAGGGAUAUUUGGAACAGGUGGAAUUGGUAAGACAACUAUUUCAAAAGAGGUCUAUAAUAGGAUUUCUUACCAAUUUGAAGGAAGUUGUUUCUUGAAAAACAUUAGAGAAACUUCAAAAGCAGGAGGUCUGAUCCAGCUACAAAAGACACUUCUUUUUGAGAUUUUGGGAAUAAGUUUGGAAUGUCAUGAUACUGAAAAGGGCAUCAAUGUAAUUAGGCAUAGACUUUGCUUUAAAAGAGUUCUCCUAAUUCUUGAUGAUGUGGAUGACUUGGUUCAACUCGAAACAUUGGCUGGAGCUCGUGAUUGGUUUGGUUCAGGAAGUAGAAUCAUCAUAACAACAAGAGAUCAACAUUUAUUAAAUAUAUCUAAAGUUGAUUCAAAAUAUGAAGUAAAGAGAUUGGACCAUAAUGAAGCUCUUGAGCUCUUUAGUUGGCAUGCUUUUGAGGAAGACAAACCUAUUCAAGAUUAUGUAGAACUCUCUAAGCAAGUAAUUCAAUAUGCUGACGACCUUCCACUAGUUUUAACAGUGCUAGGCUCAGAUUUAAGGGGUCAGAAUAUAAAUUAUUGGAGAAGUACAUUGGAUAAGUAUAAACGAAUUCCUAGCAAAAAUAUUCAAAAAGUACUUUGUAUAAGUUACGAUGGAUUGGAUGAUAAUGAGAAGGAGAUUUUCCUCGAUAUUGCCUUUUUUUUCAAUGGACAAUACCUAGAUCAUGUCGUUAAAAUAUUAGAUAACUGUGGUUUCUCUCCGGAGAAUGGUAUCAAAAGGCUUAUAGAUAAAUGUCUCAUUACAAUUACUACUUACAAUACAUUGUGGAUGCAUGACUUGCUACAAGACAUGGGAAGAGAAAUUGUCCGAAAGGAAUCACCCAAAGAACCAGGCGCACGUAGUAGAUUAUGGUUUCAUGAAGAUAUUCGCCAUGUACUAGAGGAAAAUACUGGUACAAACAUUGUGGAGGGGAUAGAAGUGAUUCUGCCUGAGGGCAAUGAUCAUGACAUGAUACGCUUGAGUCCCAAAUCAUUUGCAAAGAUGAAAAGACUCAGAUUUUUUAAAAGCCAUGGUGCAUACUUUUCUGGAAGAUCACUUGAUUAUCUUUCUAAUGAAUUAAGAGUGCUUUAUUGGUCAAAUUGUCCUUUACAAUCUUUGCCAUCUAAUUUCCGUGGAGAGAAGCUAUUUGAUUUCAAACUAUAUAGAGGCCGCAUCCAGGAGAUUAGCGGGCAAUUUAAGAACUUGACGACAAUGAAAUUUUUUGAGUGUGAGUUCUUAACCAAAAUCUCGAAUCUUUCGAGUUGCUCAAGUUUAAAGGAAUUGGAUAUUAGGGAUUGUGAAAAUUUAGUCAAAGUUCAUGAUUCUAUUGGAUUCCUGGAUAAGCUUGCUCGUUUGCGUCUUUAUCAAUGCUCCAACAUGAAGUGUUUUUCAAGGCGUCUCAAUUUGAGAUCUCUAGAACUCCUUGCACUUCAUAAUUGCUCAAAACUUCAAACCUUUCCAGAUAUCGAGUGUAAAAUGGAAUAUUUAUGUUGCAUCUCAUUAUGGGGCACUCCAAUAAAAGAAUUGCCUUCAUCCAUUGGGUACCUCACUCCUGCGCUUAAAGAGUUACUUUUGGGACAAUGCACAAAACUUAUGCAUCUCUCCAGUAGCAUUCAUCAGUUGCAAAAUCUAAAGGUGCUAAUUUCUCCCAGUGACUGUAUUAAUGGAUGCUGCAAGGACCUGAUGCAUCUCCCAAUCAGCGUUUCUCACUCGCAACAUCUAAAGUGUCUUUCUCUAGAAAAUUUGACAAAUCUUGCAAAAGAAGAAAUAGGUCUAUCCAUUGGGUACACCAAGUGUCUUAAACAAUCACUCCUAACUUCAUCCAAAACGAUUAAGAGGUCUGAACCAGAAUCAAGUGCUGAAUUACGACGACAACUCUUGUCGUCGCUUUAUUGGUAUCUUGACGACUUCUCAUUUUAUAGCUCAUCCACUUUGCAAGAGUUAGAUCUAUCUUGGACUGCAGUUGUCAGCCUUCCUCCGAGAAUGAAAAUAUAUGUUGAAUUGAGGAUUCUCAGAUUGUGCCAUUGUGAGAAACUUCAAGAAAUUCUACAUCUUCCACCAAAUAUACAAGAGCUAUAUGUUAGAGAGUGUUUCUCCUUGGAACGAUUCCCAGAAGUAUCAACAAAAUUUCAAUUCUAUACAUCCUGUGGCUUGCGAGAGCUAAGAUGGAUUGACUUGUCCGGUUGCCAUAAAUUGGUAGCAAAUAUAGGGAGUCAAGUGCCAAAUCCUUCAUUUGUUGAGGAACAUAUUCAAGACCAUUCAUGUGGUAUUAUAUUUCCAGGGAAUAAGAUUCCAGAUUGGUUUAGCCAUACUAAGGAGAUUUCAAAUGGUGAUGAUCCUUGUGAAGUGGAUAUUAGUGAUAACUUGUAUUUGGAAGAAAUCAUAGGUAUUGUUUUUUGUGCUGUUCUUGGAUCCGACCCGGAUUACCCCUUGGGGCCCUUCUCCGGUAUUUGUGUUUCUAUAAAUGGUAACAUGCUUGUAGAAGUGAGGUUUUACUUAUAUGGAGGCUCGGAUCAUGUAUAUCUAAAUUACUCGUUUCCAGAUUGCAUCGAGCAAUUGCUGCGGUAUCCAAAAGAAGACAAUCUGAGGUUUAGAUUUUAUUGUGAUUCUUAUAAAGUGAUGUUUAAAAGUUGCGGAGUUCACAUAAUCUAUAAGCAUGAAGAGAAUGAGAAUUUAACAGUUAGGGAGUGCUCAGUAGAUUCAUCGAAUGGUAUCCAGCUUUCUAAGAGACGUCGAGAUGAUGAAGACAGCAACUUGGAAUUCAAUGGGUACCCACAACACAAGAGACGCUCUCAAGACUUGGGCAAUUCAAAUGCAACAUAGUUAGGCUCGCCACAAUCGUAUUCUUGCCAGCCAUCUCACGCACAAAUCACACCAUCUUCUUCCUUCGAUUGGAGUGACUUCCUCAGCGAACUUGUUCCCUGUCCAGGCUUUCAGGAACAACAAGAUCUCUACUUCAAGGGAGUCUCGUCGCCAACCAAUUACCCGUCAACUCUCGAGCAAAUACCCCAGUUAAACUAUGAUACUGGGAAUUAUAAUGGCCUAAAUUGAGUUGGACAUAAGGGUGGUUUUGAGACAUUUGAUUUUGGAUCCACAAGUGGAGCUCAAACAAGCAACAGGUCAGAAGCUUCAUCAUCUGUGAGUUCAUUUGUGGGGCUAUUCGGGAAGAGGACAGUGAGAUGCCAGCAGAAUUUCCAGAUAUUUUAGAUGCAUCUUUUGAUUACUAGGUACUAUAAUAUGGUUCUGUUACACUAGUAGAAAAUAAUAAUAGCAGAAUUCAUAGUUUCAGUGGGUGGUUUCUCGAGUCUCGUUUGGAAUUCUUAUUGCCUCUUUCUUCACAUCAAUUCUCCAAGAACGAUCAACGUGCAGUUAUGCUUGUUUUGGCCUCUCUUCUGUUUUAGUAGACUUGCUAAUGGAAUGAUGAGUUUUUCGGUCGAUCUGUCAAAGCUUUGCAGGUGAUUUCUACUUCUCAGUCGGCUGACGGAGCUAAAGUCAAGGCUAUACCAAGAGGGAUGUUCUUUUUCUUUGCACAAUCUCUUAGACAGCCUGAAGACACUCAUUGCAAAGAACUCCCUAACCCCCAUCGCUGCUCUGUUUUCCACUUUUUCUCUUCUACUCCGUCGCCAUGACAAAGCAAGAUGAUCUUGAACAAAAUGCAAACACUUCUUUUUUUCCUCCUUGUGGUAUGAAUGAUAACUUUUUCCCUGGUUGUGCUACAUACUUAUAUUAGCUUGUGAUUUCAUUUUUUUUCAUAU